GGAUCAUUCCCAGUCCUAUCUGGAGAUGUUGUCAGGGAUUGAACCUGAGACUUUAUGUACACCAAGCAGAAAGUCCUUAUGGUUCAGAUUUAAAGGCUGCUUUAAACAGGAGCACAGGAAGCUGCCUUACACAAAGUUGGACAAUUUCCCCAUCUAGCUUUAUAUUACCUACACUGACUGGCAGCAGCUCUCCAGGGUUUCAUAGAGGGUUCAUUCCCUGCCCCACCUGGAAAUGCUUUGGGUGCUGAACCUGGGGCUCCUGCGUGAGCUAUGCAAAUGGGCGAUACCCCAAACUAACUAUGGUUGGGGGGGGGCUCCCCUGUGAAGAGGCAAAUGGGAACUUUGCAUGACAAGUAUCUCAGCGGUGCCCCUCCCUCUUCUUCUGUUUGGCUGGAGAAGAGGUACACGUGACAGCUUCCCACCCCUAUAUCAGAGCCUGCUAUCAGAGCAGCUGGAGGAGUCCUUUGCUGAAUGGCUGAGCUGUGUUUAUCCUGAAGUAAUCAGGGAUGUGGUUCUUCUUAUAAGAAAGUUGCUGUCGUUCCUACUCUCAAUCCAUUCUAGUGGAAACAGCAUCGAUCCUUCGCUUCCCAUGCAGAAAAUGAUGGAGAAUGAAGCCUUCGUGUCUUUCAUAUUCUUUGGCACCCUUUUGGUCAUAAAGAUGUAUGCUGUAGCCGUCAUAACAGGGCAAGUGAGGCUUCGCAAAAAGGCAUUUGCCAAUCCGGAGGAUGCUCUGAGGCACGGAGGGCUGCAAUACCACAGGGAAGACCCUGAUGUGGAGCGAUGCCGCAGGGCUCAUCUCAAUGACAUGGAGAACAUUUACCCCUUUCUCUUCCUCGGUGCGAUCUACUCCCUUCUGGACCCCAACCCGACUGUGGCCCGGAUCCACUUCUUGAUCUUCUUCUUUGGCCGGAUUGUCCACACCUUAGCCUACCUGCUGAAACUAAGGGCUCCCACACGCUCAGUGGCCUACAGUGUGGCCCAACUUCCCUGCAUCUCUAUGGCCCUACAGAUCCUCUUUGCAGCCAUCAAGUCCUGGUGAUUGCUUUGAUCUGAGACUUGAAAGGUGUGGGAAAUGAGAUGGACAAGUGGCUUUAUUUGUAAGAGGUGGAUAAAGCUCUUCCUUUUCCUUGCUGUGGUCUGGUGAUGUGCAUUUCAGCCUCAACCACUGCAUCUCUUUGCCUGGAUGGACUCAGUCAUGUCAUCUUCAGACUGGACAAUUUGCUUGGCAGUCUCUCCUAGGAGGGGAGGCACCUUUCUGUUGCUGAUGGGCAUGUGGUGCAGAGGUUCAGGUCCACAAAAUGAUAAAUAAAAACACUUAUUGCAGUAAAGAAUA